AUGGUUCAGAUCGCCAUACCAUUCUAUCCCUUCAAUGCAUUCCACCCGUGGACGCUCACUUUGAAUACGAUCGCGUUCUGCAUGAUCUUGCUCGCCGGGCUCUGGUUUACUCGUCGUAAACUCCGUGUUCAAGAGAUUCCAGGACCAGUCGAUGAUGCUUCGUGGUUAUACGGAAAUCUUCCCGAGCUUCUCUUGACCCAGCCCUAUGGCAAGUUUGAGUUCCAAUGGCAAGAGAAGUAUGGACCCGUAUAUCGUUUCAAGGGAUGUUUCUCUGAGGAUCUCCUUUUUAUCUCCGACCCGGCAGCCGUCCGAUAUAUUUUAAACGAUGCAAAAUCAUUUGAUUUUUCUCCGAACCGGGCGUUCAUGGUGUCCAUGAUCUUUGGAAAGGAUGCUCUCCCGGCACUGCAUAAUGGAGGAGAAGCCCACCGUCGGAUCAAGAAUGCCUUCUCACCCGCCUUUGCGCUCGCACGCCUCCAGUCUUGUAACGAUUUGAAGGCCGUCGAUAGACUCAUGGAACAAUACUUGGAGAGGAAACUAAGCGACUCAAAUGCUACUGUCGACAUUUAUCAUCUCCUCCAACAUGUGACUUCAGACAUCAUUGGCGAAGUCGGUUUUGGCCAGAAAUUUAAUGCCGUAGAGACCAACGGAGGAGAUAAAGUGGUUCAAAGCCACCAGAAUGUACUUCUGUUGGGCUCGAGGGAUUCAAAGAGUGCAAUUUUGGGGGAGAGCAUUGUAUCUCAUUUGCCUCGUAUCGUGUUGAGUUCCAUGCUCUACCUUCCCACGCCGACAGUUAGGACGCUUCACGAUUUCCGUACAAUCAGUGAGGAAUGGGCAGGAGCCUUGCUAAGGACCUGUGAUAGUACCGAUGCUGGGUUGGUCGGUCUUGUCGGUAUGUGUAUUCCCGACUAUUUGCGCCUUUCAAGUCCCCCAGACUUCUUCCUAGCAAACAAGAACAAGAACAAGGAACUAUCAUUCGACGAAAUCAGUCAACAAGCCUCGUCGAUUGUAGUUGCCGGACAGGAUACGACUGCAAAUGCUCUUGUGUGGGCGAUAUAUGAACUUGCGAAGUGGCCAGAAUGGCAAGAUAAAGUAAGGAAGGAGGUCAUGGAAGCACAAGGUGCAGGAACAGGUUCAGAUAAACUCGAAUACCUCAAUGCACACAUCAAGGAAACUCUACGCUUUCAUUCCAGUGUCCCUAUUACCGAGAGAGUGGCUUUCAACGAUACUGUCCUUCCACUAUCUCGCACAAUAACCACGAGUUCUGGUCGAGUCAUCACUCAACUACCAAUUAGGAAGGGCCAGAUGAUUUAUGUCGGACUUGCCUCCUAUAAUAGGAAUCCUCACAUUUGGGGCCCCAACGCCAGUACGUUUGAUCCAUUUCGCUGGAUCGAUGGUCGAUAUAGUUCAGAAAGCCUUCCCGGGUCGAUCGGGCCGUAUUCGAACCUUGCCUCGUUUGCUGGAGGGGCCCGCAUAUGUCUCGGUUGGCGGCUUGCUCUGCUAGAAAUGCAGCUCGUUCUCUCAGAAUUUGUCUCCAAGUUUCGGUUCAGCUUUGCUCCUGGACAACAGAAUAACGUGGUUUCACGCUUCGCUUUGACCUUGUUGCCUGUCGAUGUUGAGAGUGGAAAGCCGAGUCUCUCUGUCCUUGUACAACCGAUACAGGCUCAUGAAGGUUAA